UUGGUGGCCCUGCGAGAGAGGCGGGACAUAGAUGCAAAAAAGUGCUGUCCAAUUGGAUAGGCGGCACAUGGGGUUUUACGGAAGUCGUUUCAACCCAGUGCGUGUUGCAGUCCGAAAUCCAAAAUAUGGACCAAAGUAAUGACGGCAGUCUAGCCCAAGUUCGGCAUGUGGUGUUGAUCCUGUCAGGGAAAGGAGGCGUGGGCAAGAGCACCAUCACCACGGAGCUGGCACUGGCUCUCAGGCAUGCGGGCAAGAAGGUUGGGAUCCUGGACGUCGACCUCUGUGGGCCCAGCAUCCCGCGCAUGCUGAACGUGGGCCGGCCUGACGUGCACCAGUGUGACUCAGGUUGGGUGCCGGUCUACACCGAUGCCCAGAAGAGCCUGGCACUGAUGUCCAUCGGCUUCCUGCUGGAGGACCCUGAUGAAGCAGUGGUGUGGAGGGGGCCCAAGAAGACAGCUUUGAUUGGCCAGUUUGUGUCAGACGUGGCGUGGGGAGAGCUGGAUGUGCUGCUGGUGGACACGCCGCCCGGCACGUCAGACGAGCAUUUGGCUGUACUGGAGAACCUUAAGAAACACAGAGUGGACGGAGCCAUUUUGGUCACCACGCCGCAGGCCGUAUCGACGGGGGACGUGAGGAGGGAGAUCACCUUCUGCAAGAAGACGGGAGUACGAAUCCUUGGCAUCAUAGAGAACAUGAGCGGCUUUGUUUGUCCACACUGCUCUGAAUGCAGCAACAUUUUCUCCAAGGGUGGGGGUGAAGAAUUGGCCAAACUGACUGGAUCCGUAUUCCUAGGCUCCGUGCCCUUGGAUCCGCAGCUCAGCAGCAGUUUAGAAGAGGGCAAAGACUUCACACAGUUGUUUCCCGACAGCGCCACCUUCAGUGCCAUCAGCAGCAUUUCACAGACUCUGCUCCGCAGCCUCCAAACAGCUUGAGCCAUGAUGUUCACACGUCAGUACACAGGCUCUGUGAAUAGUCCAGUAUGAUAAUGGGGAGUUAUUAGUCGUGUGCAAAUUUUGAAAAAAUGUAUGUUGUAUUGUCCAUAAACUAUUAACUUGUUUAUAAAUAUGUAUCAGCCAGUA